AUGGCAUCACUCCUCAGACCGACCCGCCAGCUGCCCAGGCUGCUUGUCACUCGCAGCAGCGGCAGCAGACUCCAGCCAGCUUGCACCUCCUCCGCCCUUCCCCGCCGAUUCUCAUCGACGACCGCUGGCUCCCAGGCCGAGACUCAGGAUGCGCCCGCCGGACAGACUGCGAAUCCCCAAGCCUCGCCAUCGGACCCGAACACAUCGGCCAAGAAGGCCCAGUCGGUCGAAGACCAGUUAGCUCAGAAGGAUGCACAGCUAAGCGAAUACAAGGAUCUGUACAUCCGGGCCCGAGCGGAUUACGAGAACCUGCAAAAGAUCACGACGCGAGAGAAGACGCAAGCGAAGGAGUAUGCGAUCCAGAGCUUUGCGCGGGACCUGGUGUCGAACAUCGAUGUCCUGCAGCUGGCGUUGAACUCGGUGCCCGAGGCGCUGCGGACGACCCAGGACGGGGACGGCGAGCCGGCCGAGGGCCGCAAGCAUCUCGCCGACCUGUGGGGCGGGGUGCAGAGCACGAAGAGUCUGCUCGAGAAAACCCUCGCUCGAUACGGCGUUACCCCCUUCGAUCCCACCGGGCAUCUGUUCGACCCUAACAGACAUGAGGCUAUGUACCAGGCCCAGGUGCCUGGUAAGGAACCCAACUCGGUCAUCAACUGCUCCAAGGUCGGGUGGAUGCUCCGUGAUCGAGUGCUACGGCCGGCACAAGUCGGGGUCAACCAAGGCACAGACUCUUCCUGA